GAAAAUCUAUUUUCGGAUAAUCAUUUCCGGCGAAGGAUGGAUUUGGUGUUAGUAUUAAUGUGGGCUAGUGGUGAGAAAAAUCAAUUUGACGAAGAGGAAGCUUUAGCUCCUCUUCAAAUGAGGGAAUCGAUUGAAAAAUCUGGCGCGAUGAGUGACGGUGGGCAUAGAGUGUUUAAAAGGGUCUAUGAACUCGAGAUUUACUUCUUAAGUAACAUCCGAGACGAUAGCGAAAGUUCAUUUUGA